UCUGAAGCUGCUCUGAUUUGCAGAGAAAAUCUAGAGGAAGGACGACUCUAGAGAGAGAGAGAGAGAGAGAGAGAGAGCGCGCGCGCGCGAAGAACGGAAGCUUGCGCCGGUGAGGGGGAAAGGGAUCGCCGGAACGGAACGGAGGGAGGAAGGUCGAAGGCGAAUCCGAAUCGAAGCGCUUCUUCUUCCUUUUUCCAUUCCCCUUCAACUUCAAUCAAUAAAAGGAGACAUGUUGGAGGGUCGUUCCUGUCUGGUUUCGAGGAUGUUCUCGAGCUCUUGCCGGCCGGAAACCAAUUGGUCUUGCAAGACUUGCAGGCUCGAGGUGGAAAUUCGCGGCAGCAAGCGCCUGCCCGGUGCUGACGUGGAGGAUUAUCGGCGAAGGAAGUCGUUCAAGCUUUUUGAUCUGCAAGACGAAACUUCUUGGGGUUGGCAUGGAAAGUCCGAUGGUAGGAGCGUCUUCGACGCUGGUAAUGCUGAAGAGGGUCUCCUAUAUGAUGAUACGAAAGAAGAUCGCAAGCAAGAAGAAGGCAGUGUGUGUCAGGCUUUUCUGUGCGAAGAAUCGGAUAAUCAACGUCAUGCUGGGGAUUCUUCACACUCGAAUUCCCUUAUCAACUCCAUUGGCAGGGAUAUGUCAAUUAACUGUCUUAUUCGUUGCGCGAGAUCCGAUUAUGGUUCCAUUGCCUCAUUGAAUCGGAGUUUUCGGUCAUUGAUUAACACUGGUGAGCUCUAUAAAAUGAGGAGACGGAAUGGCAUUGUCGAGCACUGGAUUUAUUUUUCUUGCAACUUGCUCGAAUGGGAUGCUUUCGACCCAAUUCGGGGUCGAUGGAUGCACCUUCCGAGAAUGAUCUCAAACGAAUUGUUCAUUUUUUCUGAUAAAGAGUCCUUGGCAGUGGGCACCGAGCUUCUUGUAUUUACUACGUACAUGAUAUACAGGUAUAGCAUUCUAACAAAUUCUUGGUCCUCUGAAGGCGGGAUGAAUGCUCCGAGGUGCCUGUUUGGAUCUGCUAGUCUUGGAGAGAUAGCGAUCGUAGCUGGUGGGCAGGAUCCUCUUAAUAACAUACUGAGCUCUGCGGAGAUGUACAACUCCGAAACUCAUGAAUGGCAUCCUCUUCCAAGCAUGCACAAACCAAGGAAGAUGUGUUCCGCAGUGUUUAUGGAUGGCAAGUUCUACGUAAUUGGCGGGAUUGGCGGCAGUGAAGGGAGGGUUCUCACAUGUGGGGAGGAAUAUGAUAUAAAGACGGGACGUUGGACCGAAAUCCCCGAUAUGUCCCCGGGAAGAGAGACUGACAUACCUGCUUCAGCCGAAGCACCUCCUUUGGUUGCAGUCGUGAACAACGAACUGUAUUCUGCUGAUUAUGCGAACAUGGAAGUGAGAAAGUAUGAUAAGGUGCAAAGGAUGUGGUUUCCGGUGGGUAGACUACCUGAAAGCGCAGCCUCGACAUAUGGAUGGGGCCUUGCCUUCCGAGCUUGUGGAGACAGCCUCAUCGUCAUUGGUGGACCUCAAAAUUUCAUCGAGCUCAACUCUUGGGUUCCAAGUGAAGGCCCUCCAAUGUGGAACUUGCUCGCCCGGAAGCGAUCGAGCAACUUUGUCUAUAAUUGUGCUGUUAUGGGAUGCUGAGUUGCUGGAUUGCCCUAUGCCAUACCUCUAGCGCUUCCUCACACGAUGAGUUGAGCAAGAUGGGUAUAAGGUUCGUUGCAAGAUUUUAUUUGCUCGUGGCGGCACUAUCCUCUUCUUUCGGUCUGGAUUGGGAGAGACAAGGCGAGGAGUUUCGGGUUCUCUUGAUUCUAUAGAUGUUGUCUCUUAACAAGAGGUCUUGAUUUUCUUUCACAGGCUUUUUUUUCAAUCACAACGCUUUUGCAAAUUUGGAGUUGGUGCCUAGUGCCCGCUCCCUUUGCAGUGACAUGCAGCAUUUCAGGGAAUGGUCUCACAUCAAUGGAGUCAAUAAAAUACAAAGUGCCAAUUGCUCCA